ACUUAAACGAGAUGCAAGAUUAACUAAAAUUUAACUUCAUUUGGAUAACAUCUUUCGGAAUUUUAAUAAUGAAGUCUACAAAAAAUAGUGGAACCGGUUCUUUAUGGGGAGAACUACCAGCAAGAGAGAAUUUGAAACAAGAAGUGAUAACUCCAGAUAUCAUAGAAAAUAUUUGGAGACAAGUUAUGGAAGAAUCAAAUAAUGCUGAUUGUGAUUUUCAAAUAGACAGACAACCUGAGUAUAUACAAUUACCUAUGGGAAAUCUUCACAUUUUAAAUACUAUAAAUCUGCAUCAACAAUUAAGGAUGAUGGAAGAAGGAAUGGUACUUGGAAAUAUGACAACAAUUGAAACACAUGAAUCCCAAGAAGAAAAAGAAACACAAAAUUCAUUUCAAUUUUUAUCUGUGCAAAAAGAAAGAGGUGCAUUUAGAAAUGCUUCCACAAUACACUAUCUUACACCAGAAACAGUUCGUUGUAUAUUGAAGCAUGCAGUUAUUAUUCUUCUAGCACACAUUGGAUUUGAAAAAUCUUCAAAUGUAGCUAUAGAAACACUUACAGAUAUUGUAGAUCAUUUUCUGAGAAGAAUGACACUUUUAAUGAAGGCAGCAUAUGAACAAAAAGAUCAUGGUUUUCCAGAUAUACUUGAGCGAGUUUUGCUGGAAACAGGUGUUGGUGGCAUAGCUGCUCUUCAUGACUAUUAUCAAGAAUAUGUACUGAAAUUUGAGGAAAGCAUGAAAAAGAAGGUUGAAACAAUGAUGGAAAAACAGAGGCAACUUGAACUUAAUGCUUAUAGUUCUAAGAUGACUUUAGAUGAAGCAGCUAAUAAAUUACAAUUUGAAGAACUCGAUGAAUUCGGUAAUGUCUAUCGAGAAGUGCCAACUCUUCAACUGUUAGAUCCUGAAAUGGGUUUUCCUCCUAGUCUUGAUGCUGGUUUCCAAAUGCUGUAUAGCCUUGAACAGGAUGAAUUAAACAAUUUGGAAGUAGAAGAAGAAGAAGUAAAUGUAAGCGAUUCUCCGAGUGGACAACGACCUGACACAUCGAAUGAUAAAAAAAAAUCUUGA